AUGGCACAACUAGUUUCUGAGGGCUCUGAGGAGGAGACCUCAGAGACCUCAACCUCGUCCAGAGCACACAGUAGGGUGCUGAAGACAUGGCAGCCAUGGCGCCCCGGAUCAUAUUUUUUGGUCUUCCUCGUGAAUGCAACAGCCACAGCGUGUCUGUUUCCUAGAAACUUUGAGUUCACCCACUUGUACGAGUUUGUCCCUAUCCUGGAGGUUUCUGUGUGCCCUCUUUCAGACAAGAUCUCCUUCUCCGGUUUGAUGCUUGCGAGUGUUGGGGCUGGUUGUGUAGCAGCAUUUCUUCAGAAACGUGCUAGAGCUUCAACUCAUGCCCACUGGGGCUGCGGCUAUGCAACCAUCAACUGGUUUCAGUCUUUGUUUGGCUCGUUAACUCUUCUGGUGAUUGGCUUCGAAAGGCAUUUGUGUGACUCGUGCCAGUAUCGUUUCCGGUGCAAAUAUGGCCUCCUGCCCGGCGAUCGGAUGGACAAGUCCGUUUUCCACGCCGCAUUUGUAUUUUGCAGAGUGGUGCUCUAUCUGAUUGGUUUGUUCUGGAUGCAGAUGCUAUUGGCCAAGAGAUUAGUCGUGGAGGAGCUAGGAUCAAACUCCGGUUCCCUGAAGGAGCUAGGAAUACAGUUAUUUUUGACAGCAGUGGCAGCCGCGUGUUUGAGUUGGGUGUGUAACAUGGUGGCAUCCGCAGUUGCCAUUCGCUCCCUGAUCCAAUCCUUGCUCACAUUGCGUAGGCUCUUGCGGCUUGCAGAUUCCCAAGUUGAAUCAGCUGCAGCAAGAUCGCCUCUAUCACGAGCACGCAGGUUUGCCUUUCUGCAGUCGCUGGGAGUAUCAUUCAGCCUGGUGCUCACAAUUUGCGUCGCUCCAGCUGCAGUGGUGACUAGCUAUACUGAUAUUCUGCCAGUGGAGUUUGCUUGGGUAAAUUGGGUGGCAGUUUCAAUUCAGUCCCUGGAUUCCCUUGGGAACGGAAUUGCUGCACUGCUACUGUCUGGCAGCCACAGGUUGUCUGAGAAAGGCACAGAGCCCAUCCCACCUGGCCAAGCCCCCCAACGAAUCUGUUGCCAGGUAUGCCAUGCAAAGCCUCGAGCAGUCCUAGCAAAAGAGACAGCUUGGAGUCCUGCAUGGAAACCAAAGGUUGAAGAGAUCUCGCUACGUGGCAUGACCUUGCGCAGCCUUUGCCGCUUCUAUCAGGAAGAACUUCCUUCAAUGCGAAACUGGGGCUAUGUGCCCAGGGAACACAAGACCAGAGAUGUGGUCCGCCGAGUGAUCAUUCCCCUGACUCGCAGGGAAGAAUCAUCAUAUGCAGCUUCAACUUUGAACCUGGACGGCCCACGAAGAGCUGACGUCAUGGUGACCCACAAUUGGGGUAAUCGCUUCAAGGACCUGCUUGGUCGCGGUGUUGGUUGGGUAGACGCGGCGGAUCUACUUGCAGCCGUCAUCGCGGAUGCCCUACAAGAAUGCAGCUUCAGCCUGGUUACGAAGCUGCUUGAGGCAGACCCCGCAUUCCUUCAGGAGGUCCUGAAUGACAGCGGACGCCUGGAUGACACGUAUUGGAUUUGCGCGUUUGGAGUUAAUCAGCAUGUUUGCAUAUGCCACAGCAACCCUUAUGAUAACGAUCCUUUCACAAAUGAAUUGCACCCCGUGUGUACCUGCAGUAGCGUGAACAUCUCGGAUCCGGAUGGUCGAAGUACAGAGUCAGAGAUCAACAAGUUUGAUGACAUGAUGUAUCAACUUGCAACAUCAGGAGGAUGCAGGCAAGUGAUUGCGGUGGACCAAUCUCUGGACUUGUUCAAUCGUGCCUGGUGUGUCGCCGAGAUUGCAGAAGCCAAUCAUUUGCACAUGAACCAGGCAUUGAAACUUGCAUCCAGGGCGACCAUCAUGCAGCGUACGCACACACUAGAGAACUUGGAUGUUCGCAGCAUGCGCGCAUCUUCCGAAGCCGACAAAGAACUCAUACUCACUAGGAUCAGAAGCAACAUGAACAUCGACCAGUUCAACAUCGAGCUGCAAUCCCUCAUCUUUGACCCGAAGUCUGGCCUUCUGGCAUCUUGGAGUGCUAUGGAUAGCGUACAGCAAGUUGGCGAAGUUGGCCGGAUGAUUCGAUGGGGGCUUGCUGAUGCAGGCACCGGGAAGGUGUGGAAGGUAUGGGACGCCGAUGAGUGA